AUAAUCCCGCUGUACUGCAGUUAUAAACUCAUUAGUGGAGGACUUCUUGCUCUCAUAACCUCUAUGCAAUGACAGUGUCUCACUGACAGUUGUAUUUUACACCCGCUUAGAAUCGUAGUAUUUCUUUAAAAUUACAUAAAAGUAAAUUGGGAUUUAAUAAAACUAUGCGGAUAUAAUCUUUGGUGAAGUAAAUUUUAAUACGUAAUUCGGUUUAGAUAUUUGUGAUGGCCUCUUGGAAGUUAUGUGCGUGGACGGUGAUCGUGAUUGUGUGCGUUCUGGGGAAGAGCUCUGGGCUGGACAAUGGGUUGGCGCUGACGCCACCGAUGGGGUGGUUGGCGUGGGAGAGGUUCAGGUGCAACACGGACUGCAAGAAUGAUCCUGAUAACUGUAUAAGCGAUCGUCUCUUCCGCACGAUGACAGACAUCCUGGUCAACGAGGGCUACGCGGCUGCCGGAUAUGAGUACAUCAACGUGGAUGACUGCUGGCCCGAAAGGGAGCGCGAUGCCCGCGGCAAGCUGGUCCCCGAUAGAGAACGGUUUCCUUACGGCAUGAAGAGUUUGGCGGAUUACGUGCACAGCAAAGGUCUGAAGUUUGGUAUUUACGAGGACUACGGUAACUUCACCUGCGCGGGUUACCCAGGUGUCGUCGGUCAUCUCGCUGGAGACGCAGCGACAUUCGAAUCAUGGGGUGUAGACUACGUGAAACUGGACGGAUGCUACGCGCUUCCCGCUGACAUGGACCACGGGUAUCCAGAGUUCGGUAGACAGCUCAACCUCACUGGGCGACAAAUGGUUUACUCCUGCAGUUGGCCGGUCUACCAAAUAUAUGCUGGAAUGCAGCCGAACUUCUCUUCGAUAAUCGAACAUUGCAACUUGUGGCGUAACUUUGACGACAUUCAAGACUCGUGGGCAUCCGUCGAGUCUAUCAUAGACUACUACGGAAACCAUCAGGACGUCAUCGUGCCCAACGCUGGUCCUGGACACUGGAAUGAUCCUGACAUGCUAAUCAUUGGCAAUUUCGGUCUAUCAUAUGAGCAAAGUAAGACGCAGUUUGCGAUUUGGGCGAUUUUGGCGGCGCCUCUGCUCAUGAGCGUAGACCUGCGAACCAUCAGACCGGAGUACAAGGCCAUUCUGCAGAAUAGGAAGAUCAUCGAGGUCGACCAAGAUCCUUUGGGUAUACAAGGGAGAAGAAUAUACAAACACCGGGGCAUCGAGAUCUGGUCAAGACCGGUCAUACCAAUACACGGCCAGUACUAUUCAUAUGCGGUGGCGUUUGUAAACAGACGCACUGACGGCACCCCCUCAGAUGUGGCGGUUACUUUGCGCGAACUUGGUCUAAACAACCCUGCUGGAUAUAGAGUUGAGGAUUUGUACGAAGACGUUGACUAUGGUGUCCUGUCGCCACAGACGAAGAUCAAAGUGAAAGUUAAUCCUUCAGGUGUGGUAAUACUCCGUGCGGACGCGCAGCCAGCUUUCGCAUACAACGCGAUACCAACGCGGACGCCGUACACACUCAACGACGUGUUCAGACUCACCAAGAAAAAGUAACAGAGCCAUCUAGCGAACACGCGUAGAACAACAAAUAGAAACGAUCUACAAGUACAAUAAAAGAUGUCGCUUUAACCAUUUUAUAUUAUCACUGUACUGACGGCUGUCAGUGUUCUUUCUUUAAAUUUCCUGAAUAUUCCACAGACCACAGAUAAAAAAUUCAACUGCUACUGCGAUUUUUCGGAAUUGCAACAUAAUAUAUUAUCAGUAUAAAAUGUUUGUGGGCGAUCUCAGUUUUACUCAUUUUUGAAUAUCAAUAAGUUAAAUAAAAUUGUAUCUAUCUACAAUUAUGUAAAUUGUGUGAUCUGUCCAGUGAAAUGACGUUGGUUACCAUAAUGGUUGUUACUGGGUUUUUUUUUAUAACUUGCCUUUAGCGUACGUUUUAUUUAUAUUUCUUGAUAGUGUGAUCGAACGGAGAGUAGUAAAUACGAGAAUUAAUUUUGCCAUUAUUAUGUACCUAGGAUUAAGGAUGUACAUUUUAAUUGUCUGUAAAUGUAAGGUUUUUUUUGUAGAGAAAAUAAAUAAUUUUACACAUAA